CAUUCAUAGUCGAACGAGGGUUUGUCUUGUCGUUGAAAAACACUUGAAAACUUAAUCCGUGUUGAAUUGAGUGGUUUUAGUUUCUAUAAAUUAUGUUCCUUGCAUUGAUCUGUUCAUUGUAGGUAUUCAGAUUAUUGUUUUUGUUGUGCGACCGUGCGUGAUUUUAGGUUGUAACCUGAUACCUACGAGCCACUGGGAUGGAUGAAGAAGACAAUCAAAUCCGACGGAGGAGACCCCCUUUACUAGCAGGUCAAAACAAUGGGGUCAACGUGAGACCCGCAGGGGAUGCAGGUAAUGCUCAAAACCGAAGACACCAAAAUAAUGGCGGACCUAAUAAUGCCCCAAAUAAUCGGAGGCCACAAAACAACCCGGGGAAUAAUAAUAACAUGGCACGAAUUGCUGGGAACCGAAACAUGAAUCCCAACAAUGCCGCACCUGGACCAAACCAGGGUAACCAGGGGAACAGACGUAACCAUGUCCAGAAUGACCAAAGACCUAAUGGUGAACCAAACGUGUAUCACAGAAGGAAUCCCAACAAUCCCGCAGCUGGACCAAACCAGGCUAACCAGGGGAACAGACGUAACCAUGUCCAGAAUGACCAAAGACCUAAUGGUGAACCAAAUGUGUAUCACAGAAGGAAUCCCAAUAAUCCCGCAGCUGAACCAAACCAGGCUAACCAGGGGAACAGACGUAACCAUGUCCAGAAUGACCAAAGACCUAAUGGUGAAACAAAUGUGUAUCACAGAAGGAAUCCCAAUAAUCCCGCAGCUGGACCAAACCAGGCUAACCAGGGGAACGAACGUAACCAUAGAGGUAACGAUAGAAGAGAUGCCGUGAAUUUCAGAAACCAGAAUCACAACCGCAACAGACAGCAUCAAGAUAAUAACGGAUCCAGUGAUGAAGAUGACGACAAGCAAAAAAACAAGACUAGGCCAAUGGGUUUCCGACUGCUACAGGAGAUAGCAAAUACCGAUACCGCUGAUAUUCUGCCCAAAUUGAAUGGAAAGGCCAACUCCUUCCAGGCUCUCCUAGACUCUGAUAUUGACAAGAAUGAUAUGCUCGUGCUGAUUAUUAAAGUUAUAGCAAAAGUUUGUCGAUCACCCUUCGAAGAGUUGAAACUGAAUGUUCUACUGAACGUAUGCAAUUCCAAGUACAUUGCUCGUCUCUCUGGUUAUUUAAUGGACCUGCCGUACACGGCAGCAGGUAACAAGAGGACCAAUUCGGUUUACUGGACAACGCCGAAUGACUUUUGGGAUAAUUUCAUUUGUUUCUGCGAAUGCAUAAUUCUUCGCUCGCCGUCGACUGCUCUGCAGAGGUGCAGGGCCCUCAUAGACGGAGCGUCGCGAGUCUGUCUCGACGGAUUGAAAAUGAGAGCCAACUUUCAACUGUCACCGGAAAGCGACGCAAAGCUGAACGAGCUCCGUGAAAAGCUAGUGAUAUGCGAAAAAGAAGAAGAAAAGAAGGUAAAGCGAAGGGUGACCGUCCAAGCGGGUCAGAACGAGCAGCCCCCAGACGACUUCCGCGAGCUGAGCAUCCUGCCGACGCGAGGGGACCUGCUGCAUGGCCACCCCUUCCUCCGCCCCAACAUCGUCGAGGGGCGGUACGACAGCCAGGACCACUACCUCGAUGUGCAGUUCAGGCUGCUGCGAGAAGACUGCAUCGGCCCUGUCAGAGCCGGGAUCAUUCAAUACAUUCAAGAUCCAAGGAAGAAUCGGUAUGAUAAUAUACGCGUACACAAGGGCGUUCAAUUUGUCGAGCCAUACGUAUCUAAGGAGAAGGUUGGCGUUAUCAUAGGAUUCGACGCCUAUACUGUCAAAAAAAUGAAGAAAAUGCAAUGGGAACACAGCAAAAGGUUCAUGUUUGGUUCACUGUUGCUUUUCACCAAGGAUGACUUCCAAACUGUGACGGUGGCCACGAUCCUGGACCGAGACUUGAAACUACUCGCUCAGGGAAAGAUCCCAGUCUCCAUUUUUGGUUGUGAUGCAGCAAGUGGCUUUUCCACAAAUGAUUCCUAUGUCAUGAUAGAAAGUGAAGUUUACUUUGAGCCGUACUAUCAUGUGUUGAGGGCUCUACAGGACCCUGAAUUUAUAAAUGAUGAUAAUAUAGCGAUGCAAAAAUAUAUUGUAGAAGUCGAUAUUCAUCCAGCAGUACCAGCAUACUUAACUCAGGAGUUUACUGUGAAAAUGGAUCUAGCUCCUGGAUAUCCCAAACGAAAAAUAAGAGUAUUACACGAUGAAGACUGGCCCACCUGCAAAGAGUUGGGUCUCAAUGAAAGUCAGUUAGAAGCUUAUAAAUUAGCACUUACUCAUGAAUUUGCCCUCAUCCAGGGGCCACCCGGCACGGGAAAAACAUUCCUUGGCGUUAAAGUAGCAAAAACGAUGAUAGAAAAUUUUGAAAAAAUCAAGCUGCUGCUCAUUUGCUUCACAAACCAUGCCCUGGACCAAUUUUUGGAAGCUAUUUCAAACGUUACCGACUCAAUUGUGAGGGUAGGGGGACAGUCCAAGUGUGAAAGCCUUGAUAAAUACAACUUGAGUAAGCUGAGGGGUGGUAUGCGUUUGAGCCGUGACAUUAAUAAUUUGUUCUUUGAAAAGAAGAUUGCGCUCCAAAGAACUGUGACACAGCUAAAAAUACUACAAGACAUGCUGUACCAGAUCAACAACGGAGUCUUGAAGUAUAAAGUUGUGAAGGAAAUCACAGAAGAAUCGAGCAUACUCGAGCAGUUCUAUGGUAGGAGUGGAAAAGAUCCUUUGAAGGAAUGGCUUUUCGAAGAAACUGAUUUGAAUGCAGAUUUAGACAUCUAUUUUGAUGCAGAAGUAGAAGCAAAUGAAGAGUAUCAGGAAAUAGAUGUCGAUGAUGACCCGAAUAGGAUGCAAUUAACUCUGGAUGACUUGAACUUUGUUGAACUAACAGACGUCGACGAUAUCGAUAUGUCAUCUUUCACAUACAAAGAAGCUGUAACAGAGUUGCAACACACGAUGUCUCAACUAAAGAAACCCAAUAAUGUCAAUAUCGCUAAUAAGCUGAACCGUCGGGUAAAUGAUUUAAAGAUGGAAAUAAAGCGGUACAAAGAUUUGUCGGUACAUAUACACAACAACGCAUUAAACAUAAACAUAACCAGCCGAGAUCACCCUGGACAGUUCACUGUUGAAGAGCGCUGGCAAAUUUACUACAAAUGGGCUAGGAAACUUGCAGACUCUGCCAAGGAAAAAAUGGUGCCGUUGCAGGUUCUUCAGAAAAACGCUUACACUGCAUAUGAAGAAUCCAGAAUGAUUAUGGAUCUUAAAGUAUUAAAGAAGGCCAAGGUUUUUGGGAUGACAACCACUGGUGCGGCAAAAAAUCGCAAGUUGCUGCAGAGCCUAGCCCCAAAUAUAGUUAUUGUUGAAGAAGCGGCAGAGGUGUUGGAAAGUCACAUAAUAACAGCUCUAACAAGACACUGCCAGCAUCUAAUCCUCAUUGGCGACCACCAACAGCUGCGGCCGUCGUGUGCGAACUACCGGCUGGAGCGCGAGUUCAACAUGGGCGUGUCUCUGUUCGAGCGGAUGGUCCGCAACGGCGUGCCCAGCGCGCAGCUCACCGUGCAGCACCGGAUGCGACCCGAGAUCGCCGCGCUGGUGGCGCCCGCCAUCUACCCGCGCCUGCGCAACCACGAGUCCGUCGCAGCCUUCCCGCAGGUGCGCGGCCUCAGCCACAACCUGUUCUUCCUGACGCACAACUACAAGGAAACUGCGAUCGAAGAAGACUCGGGCAAGUGCAACGAAGCUGAGGCGGACCUGACGCUGAGCCUCGCGAACUACCUGAUGCAGCAGGACUAUGCGCCGGAGGAUGUCACCAUACUGGCCACCUACAACGGACAGAUGAAAUACAUGAGAAUUCAACGACCGAAGUAUGCAUUCCUAUCAAAGGUGAAGAUCACAGUGGUGGACAACUACCAGGGUGAAGAGUCAAAGAUCAUCUUGCUGUCUCUCGUGAGGAACAACGACGGGAACAGCAUUGGGUUUCUGUCGACCGUCAACAGAGUUUGCGUGGCGCUGUCACGAGCAAAAGAAGGUUUUUACAUACUGGGAAACUUUGACAUUCUGAAGAGAAAUGCGGAAAUUUGGGCUCAAAUUGGAACUGUGCUGGAACGUCAAGGUUCUCUAGGGUCCACUUUAUUCCUUAAAUGUGAAAAUCACCCAGGACAGAUAACAGAGGUGUCGUCAGCGGAAGACUUCCAGAAGGUUCCCGAGGGCGGGUGCCUGUUGAAGUGCAGCGCGCGCCUGCCCUGCGGACACGACUGUCCGCUCAUAUGCCACGGCUACGACCGCGGCCACACGCAGAUAAAAUGCCCAAGGAUGUGCGACAGGAUAAUCUGUGAACUGGGCCACACGUGUCCGCUAAAGUGCAUCGCUGAGUGUCGCCCCUGCGUAGUUCCUGUGGAGAAGAAGCUCCCGUGUGGACACCUGAUGAUGAUCCCGUGUCACCAGCAGCCGACCGACCCGGCCGUCCAGUGCCGCACCAGGGUCAAGGUCACCCUGCCCGAUUGUAACCAUGAGGCCACGAAGUCAUGCUACAAGCCGGUAGAGGCAGUGAAGUGCGAAGUCCCGUGCGUGUAUCGCGUGGACCCUUGCGGCCACCAGUGCCGGCUGAAAUGCCACGUCAGAGAUGACCCCAAUCAUGAAAGAUACCUAUGCGAGAAGCCGUGCGCGCGACUGAAUGCCGGCUGUACGGGCGACCAUCAGUGCAAGUUACGCUGCCACGAACCCUGCGGCGUAUGCAUAGUGAAAGUGGCGAAGAAGCGGCCCACAUGCAAGCACGCCGUGACCGUGGAAUGUUCCGUGGCGGAGGCGGACCUGCCUCCGUGUGGACAGAAAUGCGCCAGGAGCCUGAGUUGCGGACACUUCUGCAAGCUCAAGUGCUCUGAGCCGUGCGGCGAUUGCAGAGUCAAGGUGGAGAAAACGAUCCCAGACUGCGGUCACAAGCUAACACUGGAGUGUAAGGACGCGGCCACACAAGACAAGUGCCGUGCGCCGUGUGCUAGGAAACUGCCGUGUGGCCACGAUUGCCGCCGGCGCUGCCAGCAGCCGUGUGAUCAGCGGACAUGCACGCAACUUGUGGACCGACCUAAGGUCAUGGCGCCCUGCGGUCAUGCAGUCAGGCUGCCUUGUAACCGCUACCAGUUGUUUGUUGAAGGCGCGCUAGACGCAGACGAUCUGCUCUCACACUGCGCGGCGCCGUGCGGGGUCACUCUAGCGUGCGGGCACCGCUGCCGCGGCGACUGCGGCGCGUGCCUGCAGCGCCGGGUCCACGCCCCCUGCACCCAGCCGUGUAUGAAGACCAUCAUCUGUGGACACCUAUGCAAGGAGCCGUGCAACCAGGUGUGCCCGCCGUGCAGACAACGCUGCGAGGUGGCUUGUGCACACACCAAGUGCAACAAGACUUGCGGCAGCCCCUGCACACCGUGCACCGAGAAUUGCACCCGCCGGUGCGUCCACGGCGCGUGCGACCGCAAAUGUGGGGAGCCCUGCUCGCGGCCGCCGUGCGACCAGCCCUGCCCCAAGAAACUGCCUUGUGAACACCCCUGCCGAGGCCUCUGCGGGGAGCCUUGUCCAGACAUCUGCAAGACAUGCCGUCCAGAGGAGUUCCCCACCGACUUUCUGGGCGAAGACUUUGAAGACGGAGCUAAAUUCGUGAAACUGCAAGACUGCACUCACAUAUUGGAGGUGGAAGACUUUGAUAAUCUGAUGAAGGGCGAUGAGAGCUCCAUCACGAUACGGUCAUGUCCGUUCUGUCGGAAGGCCAUCAUCAACACGCAUCGCUACAAGGACUUAGUAAACGCUGCCUACAAAAACGACAUCAACCCAGUAAAGGAGAAAAUAUACGGCACAAAAGAACAGAUUGAAUUGAAAAAGAAGGAAAUACUCGGAAUCACGUUUCAAUUUCCCAACUUGCAUUCGACCAUCAUGGAGGACUCAAACGUAAAGGAUUGGGCGCUAGCAUUCACUAAAGUGUCAUUAGAAAUCGGACAAAUUAAUAAGCGACAAGCCAACAUCUCACUCCCGCAGCUACAAAUGUUUUCCAUCUACCUGGACGUUCUAGACAUGCUCUCCGAAUCCUACACUAAAUUCAUGGACAUCGGUAUGACUUCGAAGAAUCUGUCGUCAGCAUUUUACUACCAAACGAAUCUAAUAUGCGUCGUGUUAAUGAAAAACACGGACAAAAUCACACAGCAACACCAGCAAGACAUCGGAAACGAAAUGAAAAGAAUCAACGGGAUCAUUCAACUGAACAAAAUAACCGUCAACGGCGCUUAUGCUGCUAAGAACAAUCAGCCCAAAGUGAGGUCAGCGUAUGAUGCAGCCUUAUCUGCUAUCGUUUCAAAGACUCGCAUUUACGAUGAGAACACGGCCCACGAAUGCUUGACCGCACUGCAGAAAGCCGUCAAUCUAUCAGGUAUUAUCACGAAGGAAGAGAGAGAACUGAUAGUGAAAGCGGUUGGGCUGAAGUCAGGGCAUUGGUUCAAGUGUCCCAAUGGCCACAUCUACUGCAUUGGUGAAUGCGGGGGCGCCAUGGAGACCAGCAAAUGCAAUGAAUGCGGCGCUCUGAUUGGCGGAUCGCAGCACACUCUCUUGGCUGACAAUGAGCUUGCGGAAGAAAUGGACGGCGCCAGACACCCUGCCUGGUCCAACUUUAAUAAUGAUAUGCGUAACUUCGAAUUGUGAUUUAAGUUUAUAGGUAGGUAGAGUAUGUGCCAGAUAAGUGUGUCUGAAGUUGGUUGCAACCAAGACGACAAUGGCGCAAUGAGAUUCUCUGACUGUUUUACUGAUUAUUUUUUUUGUUUUAUGCUCGACUUGUAGCUAGCUUCAGUUAAGCGCACUUAUUUGGCGGUUUCAGAGUCCGGGACUCUAGUGUUGCGCUCCCAGUGGCCGUAAUCUGACGUGGAUGUAGCCAUAGCAGUUAUACGUCGUUGGCGACGAUGUUAGCCAGUAGGUAAACAGUCGUAGAAGGACUUAUUGUCAAUCGUAAGAGUUAAUCACAUUUUUAAAUACUACUCUAGUAACCACGUAACUUGCCCCACGCGGUUAUCUACGGAGGUUUUACUUAUGAUUCGGAUCGUAAGGAGCUGAGCUGAUUGGUCAAGUUAUAAUGGUUCCUAGUGUAGGUACCUAGUACCUACAUGCGUCACAGAUGUGGUUUUGUCUUGUGUUAGUAUUUCGAGCGCUGGAGAUUAGCCUAUAGCCGAUCCGGUAGUCUGUUUUUUGUUUCCAAAUUAUAUUUUUAACCGACUUCGAAAAAAGUCUGUAAGUAUGUUUUUUUUUCAGUAAGUAUAAGAAUUUGCUAGAUAAUAAAAUUAUUUUAGUGGCGAUAUAGAUUGUUUGUUUAUGCAUGCCUGUUUAG